CAGAAGAGCUGAUGCACCACAGUAUGAGCAGUUUGAGUAGAAUAAAUAAGUCGACUGUGCUUUGAUGAGUGGGUUGGAGGCUGCUGCUAUUAUUCCUCAUUGGUCCCAUCAUGACAGCUGCAAAACCUUUGCCUCUCGCUUUCUCCUCCCCUUGAAUUGGCUGCAAUGCCCUUCUCUGUCGCCUCUCUCUCUUCCCUCCUUGUUGCUGUCUUUGAAGAUUCUGCUGGAUCUCACAGCCUACCUUCUUCUUCCUCCGUUAAUGGCUUAGUGUAGCUCUGCUACUUUGCCUUCUUGAUUUAUCUGUGCUGGUUUCUUUCCUUGCCACUGUCAAUUUUGCAGACUAUCAAGCACCGAGGGACUUGGAAUCUUUCUUCGCCCUCUAGAUUUCCACCUCCUCUGCUCCUCUUCUAAGCAUCACAGCAACCAAAUUCUUCCAAGAUUUGAUCUUUAUCCAAAAUUUGCUCUUCUCCACACCUUUUCCCAUCGACUUUGUUCCCAAAAUCUGAUUUUUUUUUGCCACCACUUGUUAUGAUUCCACGCAUGUUGCAUCUCCAUAUCUGGAUCGCAGUCUCUUGCAACAGCUGAGCUUCUCUUCCCACCAAGAAGACAAAGGAGGGGGCAACGAUGUCUGGUUACGAUCUCUCGAAGAAAACAGUCAUCUUUGGGCUCCAUUUGUGGGCUGUGGUCGGCAUCUGCAUUGGCGUCGCCUUCGUCCUCCUUCUCUUCCUGAUCUCCCUCUGGAUCGCCUACAAGCGCAGCAGUAGCUCCUCCCGGAAGCACACCAUCCCUAAAGUCCCCAAAGAAAUCCAAGAAGUACAUGCUGGAUCUGCGCCUUCCCAUUCCUCCGAAGCCGAGCCCUCUCCUCUGCCCAGCAAGCAGCCAGAUGAGGAGAAGCCGAUCAUGCUGCAGAGGAUUCACGUCGAGACCGGGAAGGAGCACCGCAUCACCUACCCAGAGCGCGGCAGCGGCGGGGGUGGCGGGUCGUCGCAUGGGAGCGGAGAGAGCCGGUCGGUGGACCAGGCGCCGGCCUCGGUCCCUGAGGUGUCCCACUUGGGCUGGGGCCACUGGUACACCUUGAGGGAGCUUGAGGUAGCGACCGGCAUGUUCUCAGAUGAGAAUGUCAUUGGAGAAGGUGGAUACGGCAUUGUCUAUCAUGGUGUCUUGGAAGAUGGCACUCAGAUUGCAGUCAAGAACUUGUUGAAUAACAGGGGCCAGGCUGAGAAGGAAUUUAAGGUUGAAGUGGAAGCAAUAGGACGUGUUCGCCACAAGAAUCUAGUGAGAUUGCUAGGAUACUGUGCAGAAGGUGAACAUAGGAUGCUUGUUUAUGAAUACAUAGAUAAUGGGAAUUUAGAGCAAUGGCUUCAUGGGGAUGUUGGUCCUUCCAGUCCUCUUACUUGGGAAAUUCGAAUGAACAUUAUAAUUGGUACAGCAAAAGGGUUACUGUACUUGCAUGAAGGGCUAGAGCCAAAGGUUGUUCACCGAGAUAUUAAAUCAAGUAACAUACUGCUUGAUAAGCAGUGGAUUCCCAAGGUUUCAGAUUUUGGACUGGCCAAGCUACUAGGCUCAGGGAGGACCUACGUGACCACGCGUGUGAUGGGAACUUUUGGGUUCGUGAAUACUGUCUUUUGCAACUUUGUAAUACAUGGAAGAAGUAUAUUGUUGCAAGGACUGAUAAAUAACAUUAGCUUCUUUCUUGCUUGUAGUUAUGUGGCUCCUGAGUAUGCUAGCACUGGUAUGUUAAAUGAGUCAAGUGACAUAUAUAGCUUUGGCAUUCUUAUCAUGGAAAUAAUAUCUGGUCGGAGUCCAGUCGACUACAGCAGACCACCAGGCGAGGUUAAUCUGGUAGAUUGGCUUAAGACAAUGGUAAGUAAUCGAAAUUCUGAAGGUGUCUUGGAUCCAAAAAUUCCCGAGAAACCAUCAUCAAGGGCAUUAAAAAGAACACUUUUAGUUGCAUUACGAUGUGUGGAUCCUGAUUCACGGAAGAGGCCAAAGAUGGGACAUAUUAUUCACAUGCUUGAAGUCGAUGAUUUCCCUUACCGAGAUGAUCGUCGAGCAGGAAAGGAUCCAAGGCAAACAAGCCAUGAAAGUCCACGAGACAAAGAAAGACUACCGGAACAGCCUGUGACCACCGAAUCAGGUGCUACUAGCGGGAAUGAGAGUGGCACAAGAUGUUAGACAUUCUCGCUGGUGAAAAGAUCUCUCCGAUGAUACAGAAAUGCCUCCCAGUCUUUCUUGUAUCAAGACCAAGCAACAUCUCAGAAACCUAAUUGUCGAUACACACUUGUUCUUUGUGUCGAUAAGUGGCUCAGAUGAAUGUUGAGCCUCCGUUUGUAUAUGUUGUUUCAUGUUAGUUCUCGUGUACAAAGCUAUGUGCCAUCGACCAUACUAUGCUGUAUCAUUUCUUCAUUUGUACUUGAUGAAGCUCUUCCGAGUGGAUUUUUGUUUGAUGAA